UCUUGGCAAGUUUCCCAUACUCCAUUCUCCUUUUCUUGAUUUUAUCUGGGAUAAUAUGGUGAUGUAUCAUAGACUUUCUCUUUUUUUCUCAGCUCCCAAACACCUCCUCAAAUUCAACCUCAACCUCAAACCCACUUUUUCCUUCAUACCCCACUCUCGCACUUCCACCUCGUAUUUCUCCUCUUAUUCCACGCAAACCAUCGAGCACAUCGUCCUCUUGAAAGUCAAAGACGACACCGAACCAUCUAAGGUAAACGCCAUGGUCAACGGACUCAGAAGCUUCAAAUCGAUCGAACAAAUCCUCCACAUCACUGCUGGACCACUUCUCCGGAACCGAUCGACCACGCUCAACUUUACUCACAUGCUGUAUUGUCGAUACGGCUCGAAGGACGACCUUAAAGCUUACUCUCGGCACCCUCAUCAUAUCAGCGUUGCUAAGGAAUCGGUCCUCCCAAUCUGUGAAGACGUCAUGGCCGUCGAUUGGGUCGCCGAGGAUCUUCAAGGCCCAAUUUCUUCAUUUCCAGGCUCGGCAUUGAGGGUGACUUUAUUGAAAUUGAAGGAGGAUUUGGAGGAAGAGAAGACUACUGAGAUUGUGGGUGCACUUAAAGGGAUUAAGAAUAGUUUUAUUGGGCAGAUUACUCGGCUCACAUGUGGUGAAAAUUUCUCUCCAAGGAGAGCCAAGGGGUAUUCGAUUGGAUCGAUUGCGGUCUUUCCUGGUCUGAGCGAACUGGAUGCCAUGGAUUCGAAUGAAGAGUUGGUGAAGUUGCAUGAGGAGAAGGUUAAGGAGUAUUUAGAAAGUGUUGUCGUUGUCGAUUACUUGGUAUCGUUGCCUCAAUCUGCCAGUCUCUGAGAAUUUCAUUUCAUUUGUUAUCAAAAUAAAACUGGAAUAAUAAGCAUAAGCUAUUGGAAUA